AUAGUUAAAUAAUAUAAAUAUAAUAUAAAAUAGUUAAAGGAUACGGAACAGCAUCGCGUUACAGAUGCACCGUCCCUGAGAGCGGCGCGCCUUAGUUACGAUUAUUAAACAACGCGUUGCUAAGAUCUCGAGCGUGAGUGGAGGCCGCUAGGCAGUGACUCUCAGAAAUCGGCCGAAAAGAUUUGGACAGGUUUGCAUUAUGGCAUCAGGCUCAGAUACGAUUGAAAAUAGGUUUCUAGUCGGCGUGCUGGAAUCUUCGAUCAACUACCUUCAAACGGACAGGUUUUGAGAGUGUUAUUUUAUAAUAUGGUUUAUAAAUCCUCAGAAAAAAUUACGAGUGAGUGCUAAGUCCGUCAUAGAACAAGUAAAAGUGUUCUGGGAAAGAGCUCGGUUGCCUGUAAAAUAUGACGCCAGGUGCAUUGACAAAUUGGUAGCUCUUCAUUCACAGUGGUCUAAUAUACAAAAAAAAUGCCGGAAAAUCAUGGAAUCUCGGAAAGGAACAAGCAUUCUCUGUUCAACUUAAAAAUUUAUUUAAUAUCGCCGACGUCACUGUUAUAGAGUCGAAAAAAAUUAAUCAAAAAAGCAAAGAGUUUCUUACGAACCAACGUAGAGAUAGUUGUGUGGGUUUCAUUAGUGAGAUCGAGAGAUAUUUUGAACAAAUCGAUCGUAAAGAAAACGAAAAAAAAAGAACUCAUGGCUCGGAGGUUUGAAAAAAGUAAAAUGGACAUCGAUUUAUUGGAUGAUUUUAUAGAGUUAGCAUCGAGUGAGGACACUGAGGAUAGAUUUUUCCAGCUCUUAAGUCAAAAAAGCGUCAGAGGUUAUUCAAAUGUUUCGUUAGAAGACAAUAGCGAAAAGAGUGAAGCUGGACCAUCGGCUCCAAAAAAAUCUCGGAGAUCUAUUAAUAUUUUCAGUAAUCCUAAAGUUGUUGCUGCUCUUGACAGGUGUAAAGUGAGUGACAGUGAGAGACAUACUGUUCAUCUUGUUGGUGCUAUAGCUGAAGCAUUGAAUAUUGAUAUGGAUUCGCUAAGACUCAAUCGAACAUCAAUUCGAAUUCAUCGACAAAAAAUACGUGAAGAUCAGUCCAAACAAAUAAAAAAAGUUUUCCAGGCUACUGCAUUAAAGGCUUGUUCUUCAUUGAGAUGGAAAACUUUUGUACAAUUUGCUCAAAAAGGAAAUGAUUGACAGACUACCGGUUGUCGCAUUAAAUGGUAAGAUUGAGAAACUUCUUGGUGUUCCAGUGGCAAAAGAUGGCAAAGGGGUAAAUCAAGCACAUGCAAUUUAUGAAGUUCUUGAAGAUUGGGGGCUUCAUAACUCUGUGAAGGCUUUUUGCUGCGAUACGACGGCAUCAAAUUUAGGCAUAAAGAAUGGUGCUGCUUUUAGAGCACCUACUGAAAUAAAAUAUUCUGUUUCUGCCCUGCAGGCAUCAUAUUUUUGAAUUAAUUCUUCGGUGUGUAUUUGAAAAGAAAAUGCCUGGAACAACUGGACCAAAUGUUCCACUUUUUCUGAAGUUUCGUAAUUCUUGGAAAAACAUUGAUAAAACAAAGUAUCAAACUGGAUUGGAAGAUAAAAUAGUUCAACGCUAUCUAUCAUCAGUGAGAAUCGAUGAAAUAAGAUCAUUUGUAGAAGAUUCAUUACAAUAUCUUCAACCCAGAGACGACUACAAAGAAUUUCUUCAGCUCACUCUCAUUUUUCUUGGUUCAGUUCCAUCAAAUAAUAUUUCCUUUCGUCACCCUGGAGCUUUUCAUCAUGCACGAUGGAUGGCGAAAGGAAUAUAUUGCUUAAAAAUAUUUAUUUUUCGAGCUGAGUUUGAAAUGACUAGCGUAGAAAUCAAAGCAAUUCGUGAUAUAUCGCUUUUUAUUGUAAUGCUCUACGUCGAGGCUUGGUUCACUUGUACAGUCACGACAAAAGCACCAAACCACGAUCUUCGUUUCCUGAAAAACCUGUAUGAUUAUCGUUUGAUCGACGAAGAAAUUUCAACAGUUACUCUCCAAAAGUUCCGAAAUCACUUAUGGUAUUUGAAUCCAGAAUGUGCUGCAAUUUCGUUUUUCGACGAGUCAAUGUUACUUGAGGUUAAAAGAAAAAUGGUAUUAAAAUUAGAUCCUAUAGAAGAUAUUGAUAAUUGUUAUCCAAAACGGAUACAAAUGAAUCACGACAUUGUCAGUUUCUGUGGAAAGCAAAUGGAUUACUUUACCACCCCUCAAUCGAGAAAUUUCUUUCUCAAAUUUGAAAUUAAUGACGAAUUUUUAAAGAUAGAUCCAGUUCUUUGGGACCAGAAUGCAAAUUAUCAACGAAGCUUAAAUAUUGUGAAACAUUUGAAGGUAGUAAAUGAUGUGGCAGAAAGAGGGGUUCAUUUGUUUUCUGAAUACAACGAUCUUUUGACGAGAAACGAAGACCAAAAAAUGUUCGUGUUACAAAUUGUCUCUGAAUACCGAAAAAGGUUUCCUGAUGCAAAAAAAGAGACGAUUAUGAAACAUUUUUAAUUCUGUAUGAUCGACUUUCUUUUUAUACUUUGAAUAAAUACAAUUAUACAGUACAAUAAUAUUCCUUGAAACUUUGCGACUUUUAGUUUUUUAGAUUUUUUAAAAUUUCUUAACCAUUGAAUAUUGAUUUCCUUGAAUUGUUUUUCUAAAAAAAAUUAUCUAAAAUUUGCGCUUAAUUAUUGAGCACUGGACUGAAAUUCCCUACACAUCUUUUUCCUAUAUAAUUGAAAAUAACGACGAUUUAAAGUUCAAGGAAGAUUAAAAAAAA